ACAAACGCAGCCCUCUCUAAAAUGAUUCUCUCGGCACACUACAGUCUUAUUGAUAUCAUAUGGUCAGUUCUUGCGUCGUCUUUCCUCGUCGCUUUCGUUUUGCAUAAACUAUCCGUUCUGCUCCCUCCAAGUUACCAAAAGUCUCGCCUGCACCUGUUUUUCCAGGAUCUUAUAAGAUACGGGAAAACCAAAGAGACUUUGAAACGUGACUCGUGGUUGCGUGCGUUUGACGUUCCUAAAAGGUGGUUCUGGCACUUCUACUUCGUGUCUGUGGUCUGGAACGGAUGCCUCCUGGUUCUGACAUUCCACAACCAGUCAUACCCCAAAUGGCUCAGUUCCCUGUGCAGCGUCUUAGGAAGUACAUCCAAUGCAAACGCUCAUAGUCUGUCCACUCUCCUGGUGCAGUUUCUGAUCUGGAUUCACUCUCUCAGGAGGCUGCUGGAAUGCCUUGUUGUCAGUGUUUUCUCUCAUGGGUCCAUGCACAUGGCGCAGUAUUUGUUUGGUGUUGGGUAUUACGUCAUAUUGGGGCUGACUGUGCUUUCCUCAGAUCAGCAGACUAAAGGGGAUGAUCCGAUACGCUCACUGCUGCACUGGUACCAUGUUAUUGGCAUUGUACUUUUUGUAGUUUCCUCUUGGCUCCAGCAUCAGUGCAUGGUCCUGCUGGCAGGGCUUCGCACCGGGAAAUCAGGAUUGGUGGAAACCCUGGCUCACAAAGCUCCACAUGGCGGCUUGUUUGAGUGGGUGUCUUGUCCUCAUUACUUGGCUGAGUUGCUGAUCUACACAUCAUUCAGCAUAAUCUAUGGAGGCCAGUCCCUUACCUGCUGGCUUGUGGUGCUUUAUGUUUUCUUUAACCAAGCACUGGCAGCACAACUCUGUCAUGAACUUUACAUUACCAAAUAUAAGUAUUACCCAAGGAAUAGACGAGCAUUUAUACCAUUUUUGUUGUGAUAAUUUGAUCAUGUGUUUUUAAUUUUAAGUUUUAAUUUUAAUUUUUUUGCUCAAAGUAAAAUAAUGUAAUCCCUAGGUAGGGAAGCAUGAUGUAAUGUUAUUAUUUUAUAUUAUGUUGUUUUGUCCUUUUAAGUAU